GUCGCAGAUGAAGAAGUGCAUGCCAAUAUUAACCCAUGCUGGCCCCCUCGCCAAGCAUAGCCAUCCCAAAUACUUUUAUGCACCGUUGGAUUUUCUGGUUCCCACCCAAUUGACGCGAGCGAUGUGUGUGCAGUGCGUAGAACCUAAUGUGAACAGAAAAGGUUAUUGCCAGCUGCAGGGCAGCAGGAACAGAAUGAACAAAGCAGCCAAGAUGGAGGCGUAGUUUUGUAGAGAGUCGAAAACAAAAGAAACCUUCCUGGGUAAAUGGCCUUUCCUUUUCCAAAUCUGCCCCCCCCAUGCUUGUUUAGUGGGUGGAGAGGAAGAAAAUUAGGGUUACAGUACACAACAAAAUGAGUGAGGCAUGGGCCAAGGGGUUUCCUGGAUUGGGUUGGGGGGGGUACAGCUGCAAAGGUUGAAGGGAAGAGCCGGCAAGAAGGAUGAACAGAAGGAGGAAGGCAAUGAGAUGAAAGCUGUGUGUACACAAGAGCCAAGGGGAGAGCAAUAACAGAAACAGUUCGGAGUGAAAUAUAGAAGGAAGAAACACGAGGGACUAGCAGGAGCAUGAGAGGAAGGCUUUGAGAAACAAAAUAGCAUGCAGAAGUAGAGGGUGCCAAGGAUCAAAGGGAAGUGUAAAUUGGAGGAAUAAAAAACAGCCUGAUUGUACAUGUCCAGGAAAGGGGGAAAUUGGCAGUGCCCAGCUAGUCUAGGUGUCCCCUGCUGGGGCCCUGCUCAGGAAUGCGUGUGCAGCUUUGGUGUGUGUUUGUGUGCGUACAGGAGAUUGGCCAAUCAGGGCAGAAGGGGGGAGCAUGGGGGUGUGGCGGUUGGCAGCAGGGUGCACAUCCUCCCCCUUUGCACACACACGAAUACAAAGAGCUGCACGACCUUCCAACCCAGCCUUCUGAGCAGUGCCAUGGGCAUGCCUCCACCGCAGAGCAUUCAAGGCCAGAUCUGAAGCCCGCCUUGCCUCCUCCAAGAGAACUAGCUGGGGAACACCAAGAAACCCUCAUAAACCUGCAUCGUCAUGUCAUUCAGUGCCACAAUUUUGUUCUCCCCUCCCAACACCAAAGAGGCAAAAUGCUGCUGCUGCACCUGCAAGCAGGAGCCGGGGGCUCAGGCGACUACGCCGCCCCCGCCACCACCUUCAUCCAGCACCCCCAUCACGGUUACAGGCAGUGGGCUAGCGGUACAGUCUUCAGAGCAACUGCUCCAUGUCAUCUAUCAGCGUGUAGAGAAGGCAGUGGGCCUUGCUGAGGUGGCGCUGAGCCUGGCCAAGGCCAAUAAUGAAGCCCUGAGGCGGCUGGAGGAGGAAAUGGGGACACUGCGCCGAAGGACGGCCCCUGUCGUCAAAGCCAGCCCCCUGAGUGGUCCUGAGGAGCGGCAAGAGGACAAUGAAGAGCAGAAUGAGGAGGAACAAGAGGCCGAAGGCUUCAGAAGUGGUGUCCAGGUGGUCAUUGAAGAGCUGCGGCAGCUGGGAGCGGCGGCAGGGCCACCUGGACACUUGGGUUUCUCGCCUGUGCAUCUGGGGCCUGGGGGGCUUGGCGGGGGAGCAGAAGAAUCACCUGCUGUAGAUGUCUCCAUUCAACGGGUCUAUGCCACACCACCUUCCCCCUCCUCUCAGCCUCUGGAUGAUCCUUCUCUCUCCUGCCCAGAGGUAUCCCCCAACAGCAUCACCUUGGAGGACAACAUGCGCGGGGAGCCACGUUUCUCUUUGGGCUUUGCAAGUCUUCCUUGUAGAAACCGAAGCAUGGGACAGAAGAAUGCAAGGCGCAAGAGGGACUUGGUGCUCUCGAAACUGGUCCAUAAUGUCCACAACCACAUCACCAAUGACAAGAGGUUUGAUGGCUCUGAGAGCAUUAAAUCUUCAUGGAAUAUCUCUGUAGUGAAAUUCUUGCUGGAGAAACUGAAGCAUGAAUUGGUAUCAAAUCACCACAAUUACACUGACAAAGAACUAAAAGGUGCUUGUGUGGCCUACUUUCUAACCAAACGACGUGAGUAUCGCAACUCUCUGAAUCCCUUCAAAGGACUCAAAGAGAAGGAGGAGAAGAAACUACGAAGUAGACGCUACCGGCUUUUUGCAAAUCGUUCCGGGGUGGCGCGUCUGCUGGGCCCUGAAGAGCAGCGUUUGUGGCAAGGCGUGACAGAGGAGCUCAUGUCAGACGAGGAAGACAGCCUAAGUGAGCCAGGUGUGUGGGUGGCACGCCCCCCACGAUUCCGCGCUACCCCCCUCACUCAGCUUUGCUACCGACUUGAUGCCAACUCAAAGCAUGGCACCAAAGCUAACCGGGUUUAUGGGUCGCCCUCUGACCGCCUGCCCUCCGCUGAAGCUCAGCUUCUGCCCUUGCACCUCUACAACCCGCAUUUUCAAGAGGAAGGAGCCAGGGCGGGCACACCGCCUAGGCCGCCCAGCCACAAAGGCUUUUGUCCUGACCUCAGCUCAUUCGUUGAGAUCAAAGUGGAAAAGGAUGAGUGACCUGAGAAUGCUGAUCGUGUUUAAUAUGGCAGCCAAAAGGAAGACAAGGAGAGAAUACAGGAUGACCACCAGCUGAACUCAGUAUCUUCCCAAAGAGGAGGAGGGAAGCAAAUUGCCUGCCAUGCGCCAGGUUGCGUUUGUGGGCUGAGGCACAUCUUCGCUCCAUAAGGAGCUAUUACGUCUAGGUCAUGAUGGAGAAGAAAUAGGGGAUAGAGAGGGACACCACUGGGAAAAGGAGCCCUUCACAAAGAUGUGGCUGUUUGGUCUAUACCCAACAGGUUGACAAUGUGAACAUGAAGAGUACAACGUUGCAAAGGGAAUUAAGUCUUUUCUGAGCCUUCAAUAAAAGCAACCUUCAAACAAAAAUAGGAAUUUCCGUAAAAACUGACUACAUUGUGGACUGGGUGGAUCAGAAACUUUGGAGAACCUUUCACAGUACAAAACUACUCUCAGUUAUACUAUUGAGUUAAUAGUAGCGCAAAAAAAUGAUAAUAAUGUCUGAGACGUUUCCUGAAAUUAUGGGGAUUGCUCAUUGCUUAGUGAGUCAAACAGCUUUUGGGACCACAAGAGUUAAGAGAACACUCAGAGUGCUUCUUGGUUGACUCUUCAUUGAUAGCAAUGCUUUUAAAUUAGAAACAUUUAGUGAUACCAAGUUGACUGUUCUUACCUGUAUCUGUGAAAACAUUAGGCAGGUGUGUAUUUUAUUCCUUCAUAAACCUCCCUCCUACUUGCAGAGUUCCUAUUCCUCCCUCUUGUUUGCAGGAAGAGUAAAAAUCUUGUGUAGGAACGCGAAGAAGAGCUAAGAAACAACACUCCUGGUUUUUAUUAUUGCAUUGUUGUGAUAACUUCCCCUUUGCUAGGUUUCAGGAAUGGCUCUCUAUGGUCAAACUCCAAGUCCCCUACAACAGGAGAGAAAAAAUAUCUCUGGCUUUUACCAGCGGUAAAACACCAGCCUUUUUUUUUUUAAAAAAACACACAUUUGCAUAUGUUAAUUCACAUAAAUGUACACUAAUUAAUUUCCAGAGGAUUAGCUGUGCUAGAAUGUUGCAGCCAAAACAGCGAAGAGCCAUUAACACUUCAUGCAUCUGAUGAAGUGGACUCUGGUUCACAAAAGUUUAUGCCGCCAUAAAUGCGUUAAGGUGCCACGAGACUCUUCAUUGUUCUUACCAAGUAAAAGUACGUGUUGACUUGCCUGGCUCAAGUUUUUAAAAUAAUUUGUUUCAAAUUAUCUGUGUGUCAGUCUUACCACUGACCUGUCAUUAAACUAUGGAAAUGGC